AUGAGGAGGAUAAUUUUCAAUGAUGGCUACCGAAAAGAUGGAGAUAUUGAUAGUUUAUUGUGUAGAAUAUGUCCAAAUAUUGAUGUUUUUGAACGCAAGAAGUUUAAGGUUAAACUUUUGGAAUAUCUAAAUUGUGUGUUAGUACCAGCUGGCUGGGAAACUUGUGGAUAUAGACUGUCCAAGGAACACCCCACAUACAAAUACCGCAAAAGGUUGCUGGAUAAUUUCAUUGAUAAGCAGAAAUUAGAAGAUGAAAAGCAGAAAUCAGUGAGCUCAACAGUAACAAAAACAAAACCUGAAGUGUUUUUUGAACAACUCAAACAGUUUGUCAAGGUAGAAGAACAGAAUGACAGUUUUUCUGAGUUUUGUGAGUCAAGAAGGUCAGCCCUAAUAGAUUUGUUUGAAAGAAAUGUAAAGCUUUGUGGUGUUGUGAUACGGAAAUGUACAUACAAUGCAGGCCAUUGUAAGGUGUCUGUGCUAAUAGAUGUAUGUCAUAAAGCUCAAGAUGGCCAUUCAGCAUUGAUUGAGCAUCUCAUUGAUGUUGAAAAUGAAUCUCUAAGAGGAUAUGAUCUCAAAGUUGGGGACAUUGUUGAAGUAACACAAUGCCGGAGAAAGGAAGGAGUUGCAAUGGAACCAGAAGUGAUAAAGUAAGUAUAGUUCAUAUCAGUUAUAAAUUUCAGUCUUAUCAUGAUAUCUUGUAACAACUUGUUAGAGAUUGAUCUCUGCACCUAUAACAAUAUUACAUUACUCAUAUCACAUUUCAACCUAAAAGUAUAUGAAAUGAAUCACUGUGCAAUAAGCAGAGAAAUGAGCAGCACCAUAAGGGAUAUUUUAUUUUCUGGAAAAAUUGAUUCAUAGUGUACAGGAUAAAAAAUAAAUUUCAUCACUAGAUAACUAAAUUUCUUCUUUUUGGGAUAAAAAUGACCUCUGGUUUCCAUUGGAUUAUUGGAAUGAUCAUUUCAAGAAGUGUCGUCAGUUUAUCCAGGGAAGGGAAGGACAGUAGACUGUGACACUAGCCAUUGUUUUGGCUUUCUUCUCUUUGAGAUAAAAAAUCAGCAAUUGCAUUGGGGUGUAAAUAAACAAGGAGUCUUCCAUGUAAGUGUAGCAUUAACCCACAGGCUCACUAAUUAUCCUAUAAUUCCUCAGCAUAUGGAUUGGAAUAAGAAUUGCCAGAAACUUUCUUUUUUACUCUGCAAAUGAGAACUAGAUGGUUUUGACUUCCAAAAUCAUUAUGGUUUUUAUCAAGCACAGCUUUCAGAUGCCAUGUGUUAAAAGUGAUGUGGAAAAUGGUAUAUGUUGAUUAAUUUCCACUUUUCAAACAAUCUCUUUCCCGUCUUUUUUCCAGGUGUUACCAUCGUGAUCAGACUGAGAUUGAGUCAUUUUUGAUUUUUUUGGUAGCAAGUGAAAGCUCAACUGCUGCAUUGACUGAACUUGUAAGGUAGGUUUUAUACCAGUUGCAUGUAACUUAAUUAACUGAAUAGUCUUGUCAUAUUGGUUGGAUGUUGUGGCUUUUAUUGCCAACUUUCCUUAGAACUUUGUGUUUUAACCAGAAGUGACUUACAAAUAACUUUUACCCAUAAUAUCCAUACAUUAUCCAGCUAAUAAUGUCAUGAUUACACAUCUGAUUGGCUGAAAACAAGUGCAUUCUCUCAUAAUACAAGUGCAAAGUUGUAACGUGUGCAAAUUUACAUCUGAUUUGACUCUUUGCGAUGUUUUGUCAUGUACAUUAUUGACAAGUAACAAAAUGAUUUCUCAUGCAAUUUGGUGUAGUAAGCACUUGUAAAUUUUUAGAAAGACUACAAAUUGCACUUGCCCUAUGGGUUUUGAAAUUAAUUUUGUUGUCUUUGAAAAAUUUAAAAUUGCACUCAAAAUCAUGUUAUUUACUUUUAGAAACAGGCCAUGAGAAUAGUCUCAAACUAACAAUUAGAUCUUGGGAGUUAACUGAAGAGUUAGGCAAGAAUCCUAAGUUCUUAAUUUAAAUUUGUUGAGGAACUUUAUAGCAAUUUUCUGACAUGACUUACUGAUUUUGUGCUGUGCCAUUUUUAGAUGUACUGCAUUAUGGGAAUACAUCCUGGAACUUCCCAAAGAAGACUAUACAACACCAAUGGCUAUGCAAAUUUUAUCCAUUGUAGACAAGAUUUGCUCCAAUGCCCAGAGAAAUAUGUCACACACAGUCACUCAUCUUGUGAAAAAGUUUCAGGGGAGUGCUUUCUUCAAAUCAGUCUUUCCAGAUUUUGUCAAUAAGAUUGAGGAUGGGAGGUAAGUAUAAAAUGUAACUGAAAAUUGUACUACUUUUUAUUCUUUUAUUCCUUUCAAUCCAGGAGUGACCAAGCAUGAACUUCUCCUAACAAUUUCCAUACACUAUCAUGAAGAAAGGUGAUGAGAAGUAAAAAAUGAUGAACGAGAGGGAUGACAGCUGUUUGAUUGAUCACCAAUUCAUAGAACUUAAAAAUGAUAAGUGAUGAAUUAUAAACAAUGUAGAGAAUUAUUAUUUAGAUCUCAGGAGUGAUAGGGUGAUUAUUAAUUGCGUUACUAAUUUAUUAGCUUCUGGUGUUUUUUGGUGUUUUUUUUUUUACAUAUGAAAUUUUUUGGUGGUUGUUGCUGCCAGACAUUUUGUUAUAUGUUAACAUAUUAUUCUUGCCAGCUUAUGCUGAUGAUGAGUUUUCAGCCUUCUCUGACAAAGAGCUGGUGGUGAGGUUAGGAAGGGGAGGGGAGGUGGUUGAGUUGGGUUGCUCCCUUUUUUUCUUGAUCUUUGUUUAAAAAUGUGAUUUAAUUUUACUUAAUAUAACUGACAGUGAAUUUAAUUCAAAUAUUGUAUGUUUCCUUCACAAUCAGUUGUCAAUUGUCAAAUUUCAGCUUGGUUCAGCGGAUUCUGGAAUGUGUAGUCACUGCCUAUCCAGCUGCUGGCCCACAUGUUUUACGAAUGGCUAAAGAGCUUGUGUAUAAGUUAAUAGACAACUCCAGUGACUUAGAGACAGCCAAAGAGAAUGGACGAGCAGCUAUAGAUUACCUAACUAAGCUAUCAUCCAUUAUUGCCUUAGAGGUGCCUCAAGGCCGUGAAGAAGUUCAGACUUUGCAAUGGAAAGAUCUUCCCUUGAUACCAGUUGUGAAAGAGAUCCAUGAACCCAGUAACAGUUAAUUGAAUUUAUUUUUAUAAUUAUUAUUGGGCCAUCUGUUGAUGAUGAAUGUCUCCUAUUCAGUGUAUUACAAUGUGUUAUUGUUAACUGUUUAAUCUAAGCUAAUGAAAUAGAACAUCACUCAUAGAAUCAGAGUUUGAUUAAGAAAUGUAUCAGCAGGAGAAUAUUCUCCAAGUCUGAGUACUUAGAAAAUAGCUCAGGGGUAGAAUUUUACAUAGUGACAGAAGAGAAGAAACUCUCUUAUUGACUUUCAAUCCUAAAAUUGUCUAUUGCACAGCCGUGUUUGUUCAUGCAGUAGCUCUGAAUAAAGAGCUAAGACAUAGCGACAAGGUCCACCUACUGAGUUGUGAUAGACACAAGGCUAGUUGGCAAUUGGUGAUAGAGUUUGUGAACAGCUGUAGAGUGGAGUAUUAGCGGAAUUGCAGAAUUGACCCUUUCACUCCCAAGAUCUCAUUAGUAAUUCUCCUUACUGUCUGCUAUAAAAUUCAUGUGAAGUUAGUUUGAAGAAUUUACCGGUGGAUCAAAUGAUAAUCCCCUAAUUUAUAUUUUUCUUUAUUCUCAUCACAAAUGCUAUUUAAUAUUGUCAGAUAAGGAAAAAUUAUGUCUUGGUCACUUAUGGGAGGCAAAGGGUUAAGAAUAUUUAUGAAAGCUGGCAAUGGCUUUGUUGAUGGUGUUGUGUUACAAAUGUUUAUGUAGUCUUUAUAUUUAGGAUUGAAGACAAAGGACUUACCAAAGAUAAAAAAGGAAGGACCAUACAAAUCAGAGGAGGAAUACUUAGAUACAUACUUCAGACUUCUCAGAGAGGAAUGCUUCCAUAAGUUACGCGAAGGAAUCUAUAAUUUUGUUAAAAAUGGAUGUCAAAGUAGUUCAAAAGAUAUUACAAUGUACAGGUAUAACCAAAUUGCUGUUUUACUCUCACAUAGGAUGAUAUUUAGGCUGGUUUGGCACUUUCUGAUAUCAUCAGGAGUGUAUGAACAGGUCGUUUAUACUGAUACCUUAUAAUUCUGCUGAACAACAUCUGAUUUAUCUUAUCCUCCUAGAAGAAACAAAUAUUACAAUAAUUAAUAAUAUUGUAAGUUGUAAAUGCUUUCCAAGGGUAAUUUAUGGAUAAUGUUAUUAUUAUAGUAGUCUCUUAGAGUACAUGACAUACACUGGUAAGUACACAAAACUUGCAUGCUUGUCUAGUAUUGUUUUCAAUGUGUGUAAUCAAUUUAAUAUCCUCAGAGUUUUCCUGAGAGCAGUCUCCCUUCAUCAUGAAUAUUCUCCAACUAUGAUGUUACUUUCACUGCUGUACAAGAGAUCAGAGUCGUCUAAAAAUAGUGAUGAACAGCUUGAGUAAGUACAUGUAUCAAAGAGUUAUCUUGUUGUUCUUUUGAUAUGUAACCGAACCAGCCUUUAGUAGUUUAUUUAUGAAGUCCACCCUGGUACAAAUAUCCUUUGAGACCCAAAGCUUAACUUAACUGUUUAAUAUACUAAAUCGCUGACCACACUUAACUUUCUCAUGGAAAUGAGCAGCUUAGCCGACAUAAAGUUUUGGAGACUCAUGUGACAUGUUAAGACAUAAUACAUGUACUUUGGAAGCCAUGGAAAAAUGGCAAAUUUUAUUAAAGAAAAGGACAGAACUUGAGUAAUUUUAUAUAAAACUGUUAAUUAUUUUCAAAUUAACUUAAACCUAUGAAAAGUAGUAGUUGCCAUGGGGACAAAAACAGUUGCAGCUUGGAGCACUGUACUAAGUUCAUAAUAUGGUUUAUUUUUGGAUCACUUCUUUUUUAGGGGAUUCCUCUUUUAGCUUGACAUUAUAAUUAUAACUUAGUUAGUACAUUAUUUUAUUGUAUCUUUGCCAGUCAAGAGUUCCUCCUGUAUGGAGAUCUGCUGUGUAUUUCCCUGGAUGGCUCUUUUAAAAAACCGAUCUGGGGUCUGGUGGAAGGUCAUAUUAAUGACCAGAGGUAAAUUAGUUUAAUCAACUUUAAGUCUAAAUUCAAAAUGAUGAAUCAAAAAUACAUUAAUGUUAAAAUUCUUCCAAUCUCACCAAAUGUUAUUGAAAUUGGAAGAAUUUUAAUGUUAAAAAUUAAAUUGAAUGUCUAUGAAUCAGGAACUAAUUGGGAAAAAACCUCAUGGGCAGCAAAUACAAUCAUGUAUGUCAAGCCUUAGAUGUAUCAAAUAUUAAUAGUUCUGCAUCUCAAGGCUUUUGUACUCAAUAUAAUCAAUGUUGUUAUUUCUACAAAUUUCAUGGGUUACUCUCCCACACUGAUGAUUCUGAUUGUAAUUUACGUAACCCAAAUUUAAAAUUGCCACAUUUUAACUUAGAUUUAGGGAGAACCUCUCUAAGAUAUAGAAGUCUGGAAUUGUAUACCAAUCAGUCUAAAACAGGCUCCCUCCAUAAGUUAUUUCAAGUAUGCUCUAAGAAACAGGUGCCAAAUUCAAAUGUUCAACAACUUAUCAAUUCUAAAGGAAGCCUCCAUAAUCUUGAAUAAAAACCAAUAUUUCAUUUAUUAUGAUAACUACUAAAAGUUUUAAUUUAAGGAAUACUGUUGUAUGUUAAAGUAUAUACACAAAGGUCCACAUCGGUUCUGCUGCUUUCAAUUUUUAACCUACAGUGUACUGUAAAUAAAGUUGAUUGAUAUUGUUCUUUGAAUCCAGCAUUGUAAGGAUUACUCUUUGUGACAAAGCAAAUGACCUUUCAGAAGCAGAGUUUAUUACACAGAUGCAAGAGGUUACAAACAAAAGUAAGUUUGUGGGCUGUUAUUUAAACUUUGCUAAGGGAAUAAAACAUUUAGUUAUACAAUAGCUUUUAUAUUUGUUUAUGAAUUGUUCUGUGAUGUUACAUUUAUUUUGGUUCUUUUGAGAAAUCUUAACUCUAGAGAUUUUGAGUGCAAAUUGCUUAAGUUCUGAUGGAUCUAAGUGAGCAUCAAAGUAGCAAGAAUGACCUGAUGCUAUCAUGAGUAGCUGUACAUGUAUUUCGCAGUUUUUAAUUUAUUAUAGGAAUGUAACUUGUGAACUUGAGGUUGGGAAUCUUUCUUGGAUAGAUUCAGACUCAUUGGGACAAUGGAGAGCACAUUGUUCAAUGAGCUGAAGUAGGGGAUGAGUAGGCCAUGCAGGUCAAAUGGUUAAUAUUUAAUUGAAGCCUUUUAUUGAUGUCCAGAUGAUGGAGCAUACUUGGCACAUAGCCACACAUUCUAUCAGGCAUUUGCUUCAGCCAUGGAAGUUCUGCAGCACAAAGGUUAGACAAUGGUGUCGAUUUGAAUGAAAUAAAGAAAAUUUUACAUUUGGAUUUUUUAUGUAGCCAUCCAUCACAGGGUUGGUACAAAGUCCCAUUUAAAUAAUCAUGCAGAUCCAUUUUCUUAGAUAGCUUGAUAGUCUUGAUGAUAAGAGUGCUGUACAUGGUUUUGUAGGGCACUCAUAGGUCAUCCUGGUCAGACAUAAAUUUUUUUGUGUUUUAUUGUCUUAGCAUAUAUUUUUAUGUAAUUGAUUUUUCUGUGAAGGAAGAACUAUAUAUGAUUCCCAGAAAAAAUAGCUAUUACAUAAUUAAAUGGUUCUCACAUUUUUUUUCUUUCUAAGAGAUGACUGGCCAAGAAACACUUCAUUAAAACUUCUUCACUAGUCUUCUUAUCAUCAGCGCAAGAUCUUAAUUUGGAUUAAAAUGGACAAUGCAGCAAAUUGCUUUACACACAUUGUUCACUUUCAUCAAAGUUCCUAACAUACUCUUUACACCACAUUCAAAUGUCACAAUUGGCCAUCUUAUUGUUGAGGAACAAGAAUUUGAUAGUCAGUCAUAAACACAAGGAGUGAUGAAGUACAUAUAUUUAUUUUCCCAUUUUUUCUUUAGAUCAUGUUCCAUUUAAAGAAUUCUUGGUUUACCCAAAACCAAACUACUUUGAGCCAGUUGAAUACCUAACUGACAUUAAAAGUCCCCCAGAUUGGGAGAUAAUCUUUCAUAAGGAGUCUCUGAAAGGUCAGGAAAAACAGUCUUCUUACUCACCUCUAAAAGAUCUCGAGGGAAUGCGGGUAAACAGCAACUUCAAAUCCAAACUUGAUUCAACACAGCUUGCAGCAGUGGAACUGGCACUAAAAAACAAGCUUGUGCUGAUUCAGGUAAUGCUUUAACUUGUAUAUCCGCCCAAUAUCCACAUAGAAUUAUUUGGUCAUAUGUAAAAUUUUUUCUAUUCCUUUUUCUACAGGGUCCUCCGGGAACUGGAAAGUCAUUUGUGGGUGUGGCCAUAGUGCGCCUUCUUUUGUCCAUGAAGGUGCCCCAAAGCCAUGGACCUAUUCUGGUAAAAUAACUCGUUGUCCAAUAGCCUCUUUAUCAUAAGUGCAUGGUUAAGCACAUGUAGUCUGCGUAACAAACUAUUUUUUUUGCAAAACAAACUUGCUAGGGAAUGGGAUUGUAAUCUUGAUCUAACGGCAGAUUCUCGUAACUAAUUUACCAGAAAAUGUGUAGUAUAUAAAAGGGGGAAUUUACAAUCAGAUCUAAGUAGUGAAGGGGUUAACAAGGUCAGCUUAAAUUUCUUUUACUGUGGUCAUCUUCACGCUUAAAACGAUCUACAAUAAUAAUAACAAUCCAUGAUUUAUUCCUGAGUGCUCAGAAACAGGGACAGCUAAUUUACUCUCUUUUUGUGUGGCUUCACACUGAUUCCCUUUUUUUAUAUCCUGGUUCACAGGUUGUGACCUAUAAGAAUCACGCCUUGGACAAUUUCUUGGAAGCUCUUGCCCAAUAUUCAUCCCCGAAUGAGAAGAUCGUUCGUGUUGGAGGCUUGCUUGAAAAUGCUAACAAGAAAUUGAAGGGACUCUUGCUAAGAGAGGUUUGUCUGUUAAUCAAUAUCGACAAAUGAUUCUGUGAUAGUGUUCGUUAGAUGUUUUAAAGAUUUUCCACUUAGUGAGAAAGCAAACGAGGUUGUCAAUCGCGGUAAACUAAACACUUGCAUGAACCAAUAAGAAUCUUAAUCAAGUAGAAGUGAUCAGCUACAAGCGCGAGGCAAAGAAAUUGAUUCUAGCUGCUUCAAGUUGGUUUUGCGGCAUCUGACUAGUUGUACACCUUUUCAGGUCCACAUAUUCCCGCGUAUCUGGAGUACGCUUUCGGAUAAAAUUACAAUUACGCACCGACCAAAGUCCAUACACGGGUACGCGACAAAAGUUCGGAAUAUUCAGAAAAAAAAACACUAUUCGGGAUAACAGUACUCCGCUGUAAUGGUUUAUUUACAUUUUUGGUUAUUUAUUUAUUUAUUUUUUUUGUUUGUUUAGGUUGGACGAAAAUGGCCUAAGGGAUUGCAGGAACGGAAAAAAAGCCUGACAGGAAAACUUUGGGCUCUGCAGCCUCGAGUUCGAAGUACCUACCAGAAGUUGAUAUUUUCCAGUAUUUUCAAUGCGGAGAUGUUCUUGGAAGUAUGUAACUACCUGACUUUAUCUGGGUGAUAUUAAUAUACUUUUUUAGUUUGAAAAUAUUGCAGGAUACAUUCGCUCAACAGCAUCAUACUGUCCAGGUUCAAAAAAGAGUGCUUGACUUUAAAACCUGGCGUCAAAUCAAAAUGGUUAAUAACAUAGAGUUUAAAACAGCUGCUUUUGAAAAUUAGGCCAGAGUCUACAGCUAUAUGUUGAUUUGUUAAGAUAUGUAGAUACACUUGGUGUAACUCUUCAAAUCAAAUCAACGAAUGGAUUCCAUGUUCAGUGCCGCACGUUCUUUUAGUAAUAAAUCACUGACGACCUCUAAAUGUGGUAAGAACAAAAAAGACAAAAACAAAAACAAAAAAAGGCACCAGGCGCAGUGUGUCACUUAUGUUCUCACCACAUUUUGAUGUCUUAUGUGGUCUAUUGCUAUCAGGAAGGACCACAACAUGGGAUCUAUUUGUUUUGUAUAGUAAAGAAGCAACCUGUUGUUAAUAGUGACGUCCGAUAUGCUUCUGUUCUGCAAUAGAUCAUCGAAGAGAACCAUUCAAAAGGCUGGUGUAGUUCAGCUUAUCGUCAAAUCUGAUGUACAUUUGAUUCCAUUAGAGAAAUAUGUUUUUUCGUAUUGUCACGAGCGUGGGACAAAGAAAAAGUUCUGAGUCUCCAUGAGGAAUCGAACCUCAGACCUUCGGAUUCCGCGCUCCGAUGCUCUAUCACUGAGCCACAGAGACUCCACGGUGAGCGAGGUCUAUUACGAAGUUCAUAUCACACGCGUCUUGCAUACUGCUAGGAUCAGCAUUGUCGAUAGAGUAAUGUUUGUAGAUAGAAAUAAGAGAGAUGGUAAGUUUUGAGCUCGGUAAAGAAAUGGAGGAGUAUGUUUCUUUUUAAUUCCAUUGUUUUUACAAGGAAGCGUCGGUAGACCAGAUUAGAUCCCUUCUUUGGGACAACGAACGUGAGCCAGUUGAUGAAGAAGAAGAAGUGAAAACUUUUCUGAAGAAGGUGACCGAAGGAGCUGAUCGAGGUGGCCUUAAGAGCAAUGCUCCACUUUUAGGUACUUAACCCUAAAUUUAAUUCUUAGCCAACAAAAGUACAUUUGCCUGUUAACUCCACACAUAAAAACUAAGAUUAGAUUAUUCAAGGUUCCGUCUUCACCACGACGGAUUCAUUAUUAAAAAACGUUGUUCUUGCUAUGACGCCUAACGUCUGUUCUUAACCAGACUGAUUGCCCACUGGAAACGAACUUCUUUGAAAACACUCUUCGAAGUGGUUAACUUUGUAUAACCCACUCAAACCCUAGAAGCCAACAGAGGGUGUGGUUGCACCUCAUUAGCAAACCGCUACGGUAGAUGUGUUCGUGAUCAUUAAUUUGUUUUCAAUUUUUUUCUUUGUUUUAAUCCAGAACUAGUGAAAAAUGCACUGCAGCAUUGGUUGCCUGCCCAAGAAGAGUUCGAUAAGUUUGUCAGUGACAAACAGGAGCCUAAACCAAAGAGCUAGUAAGUGUAUAUUAUAGCCACAAGUUUCGCGGUUUACGGCCUUUGCGGCAAGUUUUCUCUUGUAAUUUCCUUGCUACAUCAUAUUGACAGAAUUAUAAACGUCUAUUGCGUUUACAAUAACUUGCAGCGAAAAAAACCCUUAAGUCAGACAAACCAUCACAAGUAUGCCGACUGAAAUAGUCGAACCUUGGUUAUUUAUCUGCAUUCCUCACAUGGAAAGUAAAUUGGAUGUGCGCAUGCUCAGACUGUCGGCCGUUGUCUGGUGUAAACACGUGCGAGACGACCACGAGACACAUUACGGUGCAGUAGACCAACACUUGGGGGCUCUGAAAAAUUGUUCCACUAGAAACACAGAUGCGUUUUUUCAUUUUUCCUACGACUCUAGUGUAGCAGCUGCUCUUGUGAAGCAAAAAAGCAAAGAAGAUUCAGAGCAGGAGAAUUCAAGCGACGCCAGAGAUCCUUCAGUGGAGGAAGAGGAGCGUCUUCUUGCUUUGGAUAAAGACAUCUAUGAUGAAGAAGACGAAACAAUCGCCCAAGAUGUUGCCAAUGAAAACCAGGAAAGUCAAGAUUCAUAUUGUGGAACAGGGGAGCGCAAGCUAGUUUGUGUCGAUGAAACAAGUAAAUUGCUUAUGUUAUGUUUUAAAACCCGGAUAUUGAGAAGAUUUUGUAAUACCUCUGUAAUUCUGUUUCCAACUUUUUGUGGAUAAUGCUAUUUAACUGGAUUACUAUAUUAUUGUUACAUACGUGAAAACAAAUCAAAUUAAUGAGGAAAUAGAUAGUGCGAUCUAACCUUUGAAUACGAAGCUGAGAUCAAACUCCGGCAGUUAUUGCCUUGUAUUUAAGACAAGAAGCAUUUAGUAACUAUACAAGUAAAAUUGCAGUUUACAUUUUUUUUAAUUAGAGGUGAUUCCUCAUCUAAAUCUCUUGAAUGACGUCAAAGUGUGGGCUCUUGAGAAAGAAGAAAGAGUCCAGCUGGUGUAUGUUUUGCAAAGCAAAUUCUACAAGAAAGCCUGUUCUGAGUUCCUCGAAGUGAGCAGCUUGUACAGAGAGGUAAAAAGAUGAAUUAUAUUUUGUCGAGGGGGAGAGGAGGAGGGGGGGGAGUGUCAAAGGAAUUUGGUUGUGUCUCGAUAAAACUUACCUAAUGCCUCAUAAGGCUCUGUGGGAUCUUGGGGAAAGAGGAAAGAGUCCAGCUUGUGUAUGUUUUGCAAAGCAAGUUCUACAAGAGAGCCUGUUCUGAGUUCCUUGAAGUGAGCAGGUUGUACACAGAGGUAAAUAGAUGAGUUAGGGACCUUGUUAUCACCAGGGAGGAGAUGGAGGAUCUUUUGGGAUCGCAAAGUUUUCAGGGGGGACAGAGUAUUAAGGGGGGACUAUAGAACGUUGACUCCUAAUUAGGGAGGGGGGUCAUAAGAAUAUCACAGAACCUUAUAGGGGAUCAGGUAUAUUGUGACACAACCAAAAUCCUCCAAACCCUCCUCCCUCCCCUCCCCCUCCCCCUCCCUCAGGCCAGGCGCUAAACAAUGACUGGUCAGUAGACGAGACAGCCUGUUACGGGAGCAGAAUUGUUUCUUUUUUUGUGAUUGUCAUUGUGCAUGUAUGGGCGAAACUGUCACGCUUUAAAUACAGGGUAAGAGGUACCUAACGAAAAGAUUUUCUUUGUUAACUAACAGAUGCAUCAACAACUUAAAGAACUGAGAAAUCAGUAUGACAUUGAAGUGAUGAAAAAAUGUCACGUUAUUGGAAUGACAGUGACUGGAGCGACUAUGAGGGCAAAUCUGUUGGGUGAGAACUGUUAUUACUACAUAAAGUAGAUCAUGGUCAGUGAACUUGGGUCGGCUUGCUUUCCGGGGUCUUUUGAAAAAAACUCGGGGAUCUGUGGUUUCUUUGUUGUUGUUGUUUGUCUUUGUCAUGUUUAAAUUCUGAUUGGUUCUUAAAUCGCGGUCAACAGCAAAUUUAUGAAGUUGAUCCGAUCUUUCACCGAAAGCAACACUUUCGGCCAUAAACACGCGCGUGAUGUCCUCGAAAUAGACUCCUUUGUUACUUCAUUCUUUCAUUACUCACUCCCUUCCAACUUUCCUGUCUGCCUUCCUUUCUUUCUUUCUUUCUUUCAUUCAUUCAUUCAUUUAUUCAUUUUUCUAGUUAUUCAUUCAUUUUAGUUUUCUCGUUUAUUAUUUCUUUCUUCUUUCCGAAUUGUUUACUUUCUUUUCUUUUCUUUUUUCCCUGCCCUCUCGUAGCCGUCGUUAUGGCUCGUCAUGCUAAACUCUCUCCUAGCGCCUCUUGCAUGACGUUAAGGUUGCACGGGCACUAACAGAAAAUUACAGGUUGCACGGGCACUAACAGAAAAUUACAGAAGCGCGCUUUAUGUAACAUCUUAUCACUUAUAAUUUUAUACACAGCUGACAUUAAACCGUCUGUCAUGAUAGUGGAGGAAGCCGCCGAAAUCCUUGAAGCACAGCUUGUAGCUGUCAUUCCACCCUCUGUUCAACACCUCAUUAUGAUCGGUGAUCAUAAACAAUUAAGGCCAAUGGUCCAUUUCCACCGACUCAAAAAAGAUCAUAAUCUUGAUCUCUCCCUUUUCGAGAGGCUUAUCAACUGCAAGCUGCCAUACAUACAGCUUGGAUUUCAAUGCAGAAUGAGAGAUGAGAUUGUCGAUCUGCUGCGGGAGCUCAAGAUUUAUGAAAACCUAAAGACACAAGAUGAGGUAACGAUCUGAUUUGACCACUCCUGGCUCAGAAGAUUCUACGGUAAAAUAUUCUAUGGAAUUAUGUACUAUUGUCAUCAAUACUUUCGUUUACCCCUUCAACGCCCUCAUACGAUCAAUGCAAAAAUUCUCCUUUUAUCAGUGAUAGUUUACCUUGCAAUCAGGCGAUAAAAAAAAACAAAGUUAUCACAAUUAUGCUAUUAACUAUGAAAUAUGACGCAGGAGAAUUAAACAGAGUAAGAGAGAGAGCUUCUUCCGUGAUGCACGCGUGAAGUCUUGUUCGCGCGUGUCAGCCACUCGCGUGGUCUCGUUGGUCGCGGGAUCGAGUACUUGCUGGCUAGUGUUCAACCCCUUGAAAGUCGCGAAAUAUUUAAAUUUAAAAUCGUCUUCUUAUGUUUCUUUGUUUUUAGCUUGUAAAAAGCAACCUUCCGCCACCCUGUGUCUCAUCUAGCAUGUAUUUCUGGACUCAUACAUCCCACGAAGAUGAAUCGAAAAAUUCCCACAGCAAGAGAAAUGUUACAGAGGCUAGAAAAAUUACAGAAGUUGCAAAAACAUUUUGUGAGAAGGGGGGAGUCCUACCAUCAAAGAUUACAGUUCUCUGUUCAUAUCGAGGACAGGUCAGCCAAAAUUUUUAAUUUUGUGUUUUAAUCGCUUAUUUUUUUUAACUUUACCCCCAAGUUCCCAUCAACCUUUGAUGAGUGUGAGAGGUAAGAGACGUCUUUCAUGGAGGUCCAUUUUAAGGUUGGCUUCCUCCUAACAGAAAUAUUUUCUGAGAGCUCGCCUAGAGAGUUCGUCAAUUAGGAGUCUCUGUUUUGGAGGGAAAAGCAUACUCAAUUGAUCCACUGGGUUGUGAAAAUGUCCUUUAAUUCUUUACAAAGAAAAUUUCCUCAAGGAUGAACUGUUCUUAAAAAGAUUAAAUAUUUAAUUUUGACUUUUCUGCUUCUGUAAAACACACAGUCGCCCGUAUUAGAGAACAAAUUUUCUGUGGAAAACGCCGAUAUUCUACUUAAUUAUUACUUUAUUGAUGUACUGUCUCUAGUAACGAAUUAGCCCCAAAGCCAACACCAAAAACUGUUGACUGAUUCGUUUCUACUCACGCUUCAGGUCGCCGAAAUAAUGAAGCAUUUCAGACAGGCAGCUGAGUCCGCCCUACUUUCAGGUAUCAAGGUUACAACAAUUGAUAGUUUCCAGGUGAGCAAAGUGGACAUGUCUGCCGAAAACUUACUGAUAUUUUCAAGUAAUGGGAACCAAAUGAUUAUGUUAAUUGAUCUAUGGAUUAUUUACUUAUUUAUUUGUCAUUUCAUGCUUUGACAUGAUAUUGUCUGAAGCCGAUGUUUUCACAUCUCACAUGCAACGGUAAAUUAAGUUCAAGCAUGACUGACCUUAAUUUUACCCGAUACUGCUUCAAUAUCUGUGUUCUUACAACAGACUGACCACCCGACAGACUGCUUGACCUACACACUGACUUAGUGACUGACUAACUGACUGGGUAAAUGACUGACUGACCAGCCAACAGACUGAAUGACCUACACAUUGACUGACUGACUUACUGACUGUCUGGAUAAAUGACUGACUGAUCAGCCGACACACUGAAUGACCUACACACAGGCUGACUGACUGACUGACUGACUGACUGAGCGAAUGGCUGACUGCCUCACCGACUGAUUAACGAAAGAAACUUGGAGACUCAUUGCAUCGAGGUAACCUGCGAUUGACAGCCAUCGUUUCCGGUAGAAGAAGCAAUCCCCAGAGUCGCUUCAUGCCAUGUAACUGGAAUGAGGUCCAGACUUGAUGAGCAACCUGACUCUUAAAACCUAACCUCAAGGAAAAUAAUUUCAGGCGAUUUGGAGUGAGUUGAAUAAACUGUUCAUGUUUUCUUUUACUGACCAGGGGCAAGAGAAUGAUAUAAUUCUCAUAUCUCUGGUCCGAAGUAAUAAGGAAGGGAAGAUAGGCUACUUAUCAUCAAUGAAUCGCUUGUGUGUGGCAAUUUCACGAGCACGCUGUGGUCUCUACUUAUUUGGGAAUCAAGUGCACCUGGCAAAUGCUUCUAGGAAAGGUUGGAAGGUAGGCGUUCCCCGCUGCCGUGUGGGAUCUGGGUCCAAUAAACAUGGUAAAAAAAGGUCAUUACAUUUAUUUAAUUAAGAAAACCGCCAGGCUAAACGUUCUACUUUUAAACUUUGGAGUUAAAGUGGAUAUUCAGGUUACGGGUAACGAGUUGUUUGGUUUUGAUUCUGUAGUAAAUCUGCCUGGAAACCGUUGAAACAAAAAUGAAACAAAACAAAAAAAUGAAAAUUAGGUUAAGCACACUAUCAUAUCAAAAUGUGAGAAGGUGUUUUUAAGUUAUUACUAUUAAUUGAGUAUUACUGCAGGUAAUUCUGCGAAAUUUUGAGCGAGUCAAUUAUUAUUAGCAACGUUUGUAAUGGAGGCACUUUGUGGAACGGAUAGAUCUGCAAAAAGUUAUAGGUUGUCUCUCUAAAGGGUUCUUUACCUUCUUUAGGUUAUUCGUGAAUUUAUGCGGAAGAAGAAAUCUCUAGGUGUAGCAUUCCCGUUUCGCUCGAGUGGAGAUUCCGUAAGUAAAACAAUUUUUUAGCUUUACUACAAUCGUGUGGCUUUAUUUGCACCCUACUUUUCUUUUUUGAUGAUACCAAUUUUUCAAUAAAACUCGCAUGAAAAGUAGUUUACUGUUAUUGGUCAUGCUAGUAAAGGAGAAAAUUAUCUCUUAGACCUAGACAUGGUAAUGUCCCCAUUUAAAUUGUAUAUUUUAUGGAGAGGUAACCACUUUUCCCUAUAGGAAUUAACCUCGUUUUUCCUUGGUCUAUUCUUCGCUGUUUUCCCUGGGAAGCUACUAUAUUUAGAUUAAUGUUCACUGUCAAUGCCAUGAUGGCCCUAAAAUCACUGCUAUUUGUUUGCACUUGACUGAACUAGAGAGGGGAUGAGUAUCACGGAAGCCCUCCAAGGAGAGAUGAAAACAGAGGUAAGAAGGCAACCGCAGCUUUUAUAUUCACGAUAUUUUUUUCACUGUAAUUCAGAAUUGGUCAAUGCCAAGCAGGCAGGUGUAUAUCGAGGUGUAGAUGUGGGAAGUGUGGAAAGCACGAGAAGAGUGUAACAGUUGCUCCAGGCGCAGCCAAACAAUUCUAGCUUCUUGAGUGCUCUCCAAACUUUCCAAGUGCGUCCAGUCCUCGAUAUACGCACAGCUAAAAACCUGAGCCUAUUCUUUUAUAAUAGCGGAUACAGUGGUCUCGUUUGAGCGAGAUUGGGUCAUCUUGUUUAUCUCAAACUGUAAAUGAAAAUUCGCUUCUUUGAACAACUUUUCCUAACCUAGACGAGAACUUUUCAGCAAAAUGCAACUGCUCAUUUCAUGUUUUGUUCGCUGCAUAGAGAUAUAGACCAACGUGGCUUAGUAGGAAUUAGAAAUGAUACGCGCGCGCUGUGUUAUAAAAAUUUGCCUUGAUUUUGACAAGGCAAUCGUCCCAGGACCUCUGCAUUUGUUUGCAUUUUGUUGUCUGUUUUCUAUGUUUUCUCUUUUUAUAAAUUAAUUUAAUUUUCCAACGACCAAACUUUUACUCAUGAAUUGUAACAACGGGACAAGAUCUUAGUGGAUAAAAGUGAGAAAUAACCUCGGGUUCUCAAUGAUAUCUUCGCUUUUGGACGUAACCUCUUCUGCUUUUUAUUGUGCAGGCGACAAAGUAACUAUCUUCGCUGAAAAUGUCUUUGUGGGGGGAGGAGACGGCUCCGUGAAUACAAUGAAUGUUGGUCGAGGUUGGUGUUAAAACCUUCAACUCUCAGAGCUGAUUAAUUUGUAACUUCUACAUAGAAAGUCAUUUUAUUGUUCCACAAACAGGUGUUAAGAGUAAAAAACCUAUCUCUCUAUCUCCAAUUGAGUACAAUAUAAGAUUAACUAGUCUUCAGUAAUUUAACCCUCUAACUCCUAUGAGUGACCAAGACAGAAUUUCUCCUUACAAUAUCAAUACAAUUUCAAGCAGACAACUGAUGAGAAUAAAGAAAAAUAUUAAUUAGGGGAUUAUAAGUUGAUCCAAUACCAAAUUCUCCAAACUAACAUCACAAGAAUUAUAUGGCAAACAGUAAGGAGAAUUACUAAUGAGAUCUUGGAAGUUAAAAGGUGAGGACUUAUAUCGAUGAAGUUUUAAAUGGAGCAAAACAGACGCCAUUGCGAACAACUAUCAGAUUCAUUCUCUGCUUUUACGUGACGUCACAAUUUUUCCAUUUUUACUAGGGAAUUCCCUUUCGGGGACAACAAAUCCAGGGCGUUUAGAAAUGCCACUUCCAACCUCUGGAAAAACCCCAGUUCAUGAUCCAAAGUCGCCCUUACCUUCACCGGGGUUUCCACCACCGCGUAUGGCAAGAAGUGACAUGGGUGCUAAUUCAAAUGGUGUGCCGCUACAAGGAAUUGAGAAGAAUGAGUCGGUAGUCGUUGAUUCCAGGCCAAAUGAGGUACCAGGGGUGGAGUCUGAUAAAGACACAAGACUGCCCGUCCAAGAGGCACCUGCUGCGGAGGAUGCUCUCCUAAGUGAGAUGGAAAAUAUGAAAGAAAGACUACAACAAGAAUCAGGUUUUCCUAAAAAAAGCACAGGCCAUCCUCCUGUUGCUGGCGAUGAAUCCUUGUCGUCUGACAAGGAUGCUAGGAGACCUAUACAAGAAAUGCCAAGGGCGCAAAAAUCUCCUGAAUCGGUCGAGUUUGAAAACAUGAAGGAAAGGCCGGUACAAGAAUCAAAAAACGUCACUUCUGAUUCGUCAGGUAAAGAGGCGAGAAGACCUACACAAGAGUCACCGGAGAAAUUAUCUCCUGGUUUAAGCAAAGAGGAAAGCAUGGAAGAAAAGCCGAUCCAAGAGUUAGCAGACGAGAAACGUUCGGAGGAAACAGCUGUGCAGGAAAGCGAAGAAACUCCAAAGAAGGAGGACGAGUCAAGGGAUCACCCUGUGAGGCAUGUUUACCACGAAGGUGACUUGAAAGAAAACACGAAGGAAACCCUCGCUCAAGAAACGACAAACCAAUCUGAUGAGGAAACAAAAGACCAGAGCCCUGAACAUCAAGUGAAAGAAGGCGAAGACGUUAGACAUCUCAAAGAUGACGAGUGCUCUGACGAAAAACCGCUCAAAGCAAGCACCAGAUGUGAGACAGAAAGCAAAGGUAGCCCAGAGGAAGCCUUACCGACUCAAGAGACUAUGGCCGCGGGGAAAGGGCCUUUUGAAGAGGCUGGGCCGGAGGUUGGCGUCAAGGGGCAUCCCACGGACUAA